AUGCAUUGUGGGUUAAUUUAUGACAAUGUCGAAGCACAGUUGAAGAAGUUUUUUGAUUUGGAAUCAAUUGGUAUCAGAGAUGAUCCCAAUUCUUACGAUGAAGAUAAAGCAUUAGAGAUAUUCAACAAAACUGUUAGUUUCAAAGAUGGUCGUUAUAUUGUUAGUUUGCCUUGGAAGAAACGUUGGGAACAUUCAAGCGACAAUUUUGGUGUCGCAGAAAAAAGAAUAAAAAUCCUGAUGAGAAAAAUGCAGCAUGAUAAUACAUUAUACCUGAAAUAUAGAGAAACUUUAGAAGAGUACCUAAAUCAAGGGAUAAUAGAAAGAGUAUUAGAUUCUACGAAACCAGUAAAACAAGCCAGUUUUUUAUAUGCCGCAUCAGGCAGUUUAUAG